AUGCCUCGAACGACCCCCAGCGCGGGCACACAACCCCGCAAAACCACUGCAGAGUCGCGGCGCGACAACAGGCGACUCACAAUCGACGCCAUGUUCGCCCGCCUGUCGUCGCAAGCCCCUUCCUCCUCGCCGCCUGGCCCGUCCCAGUCCGAGGGCCGGCUGAGCUUGUCAGCUCCGCGCGCGAAGAAGCUGGCUGAGGCAGCACCGCCGGCUUCUAGGACGCGUGCUUCUGUGUCUCGCUCUUCCCUAGCGGCUCCUCCCUCGGAGAAUGCGCGCAGUUCAGGCGACCUGUCCCGCACACCUGGUCACGAACAGACUCCCGCCACGCGAACGCGUUCCAGUAGCAAACACCAGAACGAGUCAUCCACCGAAGGUGCUUCUGCAGGUAGGGAGCAUUUAGCUUCAGCCACAACCGCGUCGCGCAAAGCGAAGACCGUUUCCCAAGCGUCAAAGCCCAUCAGCUCGGGUCAAACAACGCCUCAUGUUGACUCCCUGACAAAAAGCAAAGUGCCUCGCAAAAGAGCUCUUCCUCCAGAGAGCGACCAAGCGGACGCUACGCCAGUCCUAUAUUGCGUGCCAACGCAAGCUCCAACACCCCAGACCCGGACUUCGCCUCGAAGGACUGCACGCUCUGCUGUCUCCAAACCUUUGACGUCGAAAGAUAACGUAUUACCGUCGCCCUCCGACAGCGGCUCUAGCAGGAAGCGUCCGCGUCUGACGCCCCCCGAGGAGCAUUGCGGGCUACAGCCGGAAAACCUUUCGCAGGUUACUGACCCCUAUGAGGUCGUGCCUUCCAGCCAGUCGGACGAGCAAGAGCUAACCCUACCGAACACCACGAGGAAGGACCCAGUAGCUGUGAACGAAGCGGUCGACCAGUGGAGGCGAGGUGCCCGUACGGACGUCUCCUGCGCUGACCCAUCGACACCAUUGUUGGGGAACGCCCCUGAGGAGCCCGACGCUUGUUCCGCUACACAGGUCAACGUUCCCAUGGACAUCGACGAACCUGGAGAAGACCCUCUCAGCCCACUCUCUAGCAUCCCGACUGGUCUUCAGACUCCAACGUCGGAGCCCGACCUUCCGGCUUCGUCACCUCUUCCCUACACCUUGUCUUCGCCGAGCUCCUGUCACACGGAGUUGGCACCAUCUGCCCAGAUGGCCACGUCUUCGCCGUCGUCCCCUGUACGGGCCACUCCUGCGUCCAUCUUGUCGAUGGGAGGACGUCCCUUCACGCCACCGUCAGAUGGUCGUACCGCAUCUGGUCCGGCGACUCCCGUGGCUCUGAACGAAGAGUCGAAGACAGCCCAGAUCAUCGCCGAGAUCAAAGCGAGGGCGUAUGCUACACUUUCAUCCAGUCCCGGCGACAUUCCAGUCGAGUUGAAGGAGCUCGGGUACGGCGACUCUAGCAGUGAUGAGUCCGAGGAGGACUUCAUGGAGACAUUCAACAAACUAGGCAAGGGCAAGGGCAAGGGCCGACCGUCACCCUCUCCCAUCGGCAAGAAGGUCACUCGAUUCACUUCGCCUGCCUUGCAAUCUAGAGAUCCACCCGAGUCCAGCACUGAAAGACCGCGGUACGGUCUUCGUCGAAAGGCUUCUGGCACGAAAGGCGUCACAGGAAACAAACGGAUGCCCACCCUUGUCAGCACCAGUAGGACGGGAGGAAAGCAAUCGCGCAAGGCCGAUCCUCUCGAGGCCCUUCUCAAGGAGAAGCAGCGCGCCGACAAGCGUGGCGGUGGUGUUGACGCGCUGCGUGCCGCCGAGGCAGCUAUUAUUUCCUCGUCAAAAGAGAAACAGGAUGCUAAGGCCAAGGCCAAGGCAAGUCUGAAGCACGAGAUGGACGAGGAGGACUCCUCAGACGUAGACCCCGCUUGGACCAACGAAAGCGCUGCGAUGGACGUAGUGAAGAAGGGCGCGCGGCGAUUCAAGUCGAGGUCGUCAAGUCCGCUGCUAGGCUUCGACUGGGACGAGGAUAGCGAUGAUGAGAGCGACGGGGAACUGGAGGCAGUGCGUCAACAGGCCUUAGCAGGGCUUGGUAAAGAGGGCGGGCAGAAGGUUGGACAUAUCCUGGCUGGCAAUCGUCUGCUCCGAGAGGCGAUGAGCAAGGUCAAGUUAAGAGAUGACAUCUUGGGCGUGCCUCUCUGGGACAAUUCGCCAGCCAGCACCGACGACGGCAUGGACGUUGACAACUCGCCUGUGCUUUCUUUUGACGAAGCCGACCUUCAAGCGUGUCCUAUACUCGGAAUGUUGCAAGAUGCCGUGAGGGCGGAAGAUGUUUCUCGGUUGAGUAUGCUCUUGCAUUCAGGUGUACUCUCCACGUUGCAGCCUUCGCAUGCUGCGGCGCUCGUUCCCUGGCUGUAUGCUAUGGCAACAGACCUUGUCGACCGGCCGUACACCGAGCUUGCGUACCAUGGCCUCUUGCACCUUGCCGGGUCCAUAUCGCAAGCUCGCUCUCAACCAGGCUUUUCUGCUGUUCUCUUGGCCGACACACUUGUCCGUCUAGGCGCAAAGUCAAGUGCCUGUGAUGAGCUCAGUCAAAGGCCGUCCUCGGGUCAGACAUCUCCGGUUGAUACUGAACGGAGAGAUCAGAUACUCUACCGUGUUAUAUCGUUCGUAACGGUCCUUGCCAGGGAGGGCGCUUUGCUUCAUGUUGAUAUGCCAAUCAUCGUACUCUUAUUGGUUCUCGUCGCAGUAGACAGGGCAACCUCCCCUGAGUUGGGCAGGGAUAUAAUGGUAGCAAUUGAAGUGAUUGGCCAAGCUAUCCCCGCUAAUGACGAGGGCAUGCAAAUCGAGGCUGCCAUCCAUUCACGCUUGGUAGAGUUUGCGAAGCAGCAGGUCCCGAUGAACCAAGCUCAUUUGCUCUCCUUCGUAUCCGGAGCUUGUGCGCAAACGAGUCGUAUUGCAUGCAAUGUCGCUCGUGCGCUCCUGCUUAAGGAAGAGACGUAUACCUCUCUUCCUUCUCUCAUACCCGUCGUCAACUUGCUGUGCCCGCCGGUCGGGUCUGGAGGCAUCUUCGAUAUCCAAGGCAACACCGACAAGCCCGACUACUACGAAGACCUCUGCGUUGACGGACAUCCCUGGCUACACUGCGCUCGAGAAGGAGGCUACGGCGGGUCCAUGCCGCCGUCCGGCCAGGGCGAGGAGUCCCCAAAGAAGGGCGCGGUUGAGAGGGAGCCGGCGCACUUGGAGCAGAUCAAGACGCUGCUGGACAGCCUCCAUGGGAGGAUCAUCGAUACCCGCGCAGCGUUCCUCGACCGCUCGCGUGCGAAGGCAGCGCUCCAGCGACUGUCGCUGAGGGUGCAUUAUCAGCGCAUGGCGAGCCUCCGCUCGGGUCCGGGGACGGGCAGGCCGAGGAACUUGCGCAAUUACUUCGCACAGCCUAAGGCGUCAUAUAGUUCAGUCUAUCAGUUCGUAUUCCCUCUACGUCUAUAA